GUCAAGGUGCAGCAGCCGACCACGAGUGGUAACAUCACACUUCAGCUUGGCCAGACGGCAUCUGUCACCCCCACAAGCAAAUCUGACAAAGAGGCCUUAACUGUAACUAAAACUUCAUCAAGUGAAGCUGUGUCCCAAGAUGUUGUCACACCUACAAUCCCUCACGGCCUUCACAUGCUCAAAAUAUCAGGGGAAAUGGAAGGUACUGACCCCAUCAGUCAACCUGACUCCCUCUAUGCGGAGGACGAGAGUGAGGACAUGGAGCAGGACGAACCAACUGGAGAGGCUCAGGAGGUCGCUUCAGGACAGGUUAGCAGUCCAGAGGAAGGCAGUGAUCGAAGAACCUGACGCAGACAAAACAGAAAGUGAAAUGACAACUCCCAGCUCGCCACACAAGCAUGGACAGAGCAGGACAGACAGAAAGGCACUGUUCCUAAAGGUACGGCAGUGGAUCGCAGAUAGGGUCACCGUGAAUUCAUCUCCUGUCUCACCGUCCACCUCCUCCUCUUACCCUGGUCCCUCACCCACCAGCGACUGGUCCACACCGCGACGGGAGAGGUCCUCACCUCUCCGGGGUCCUCAUGGGAAGUUUGUUUCUCCUUCCUCUCUUGGUAGCUACAGUUCAUCCUCUUCACCUUAUGAUCAGUCCUCUUCUCAGCGAUCCCGCGGAGAGCGUCACACAGACAUGGCAGAGCUGGCUAAACAUGAGGCAGACAUCGAACAUCGAACCCAGGCACUGAAGCGAGAGGGUUUUUGGUCAAUGAAGCGUCUCACCCGCCUCACAGAGCCGCCACGACCGAAGGUUCACUGGGACUACCUGUGUGAGGAGAUGCAGUGGCUCUCCGCUGAUUUUGCCCAGGAGAGACGGUGGAAAAGAGGGGUGGCUAGAAAGGUGGUACGAAUGGUGAUGCGACACCAUGAGGAGCUGAGGCAAAAAGAAGAGAAAGCAAAGAGAGACGAACAUGCUAAAAUCAGAAGAGUCGCCUCUUCUAUUGCAAAGGAAGUCCGGGCUUUCUGGAGCAGUGUUGAGAAGGUGGUGCAGUACAAGCAGCAGUCCAGACUGGAGGAGAAGAGGAAGAAGGCUUUGGACCUUCAACUUGAUUUCAUUGUUGGCCAGACAGAGAAAUACUCAGACCUCCUCAGCAAGUCACUCGCACCCACAAGGCCAGCAGAAACUGUCCCUGUGACUCCCCAAAAAUCUCUGCCGCCUCCUGUUGAUGAGGAUGACAGGGACUUUGAGCCUCCAUGUGAGGAGGAGGACGAUGAAGAGACAAUAGAGGUGGAGGAGCAGCAGGAAGGGAAUGAUGCUGAGAGCCAUCGGAGAGAGAUUGAGCUGCUGAAGGAGGAGGGCAUGCUGCCCCUGGACCAAUUACUCAGCACCCUCAAACUGCCACAGGACUCAGGCUCAGAGGAAGAAUGCUCUGAUGAAAGCUCUUCAUCAGUGGAGGAGGAGGAGGAAGAUGGAGAAUUCACUGCCAACGAGGAGGACGCUGAGGAUGAGGAGGACACGAUAGCAGCGCAGGAGAAGGUAGAAGGAAAUGUCGAUCAUGCAGAGGAACUGGACGACUUAGCCAAGGAAGGCGAUAUGAGUAUUGAGGAGCUGCUGGAGAAGUACAAAGGAGCUUAUGCCUCAGACUUUGAGGCACCUUCUGCAUCUGGCUCUAAAGCGAGCUCUGAUUCUGAGGUGUCUGGGGAUGAGGAGGAGGAGACAGAAGAAGAUGAGAGUGACGUGGAAAGCAACACUUCCUCCUCAGAUUCGCCAGGAGACAGUGCAGAGGAUGAUGAAAGCGAGAAGGAGGAAGAAGAGAGUGAAGAAGAAGAAGAUGAUGAUGAUGAUGAUGACUGUGGAGAUGAAGGGAUGGAGGUCUUGCUGAAGGAGGGAGACCACAGCCCACCUUCCUCUAGCUCACGGCCAAAGAAGGAAAUCAGCCAUAUUGCUGCUACGGCAGAGAGCCUGCAGCCUAAAGGCUACACUUUGGCUACAACAAAGGUCAAGACACCGAUCCCAUUUCUGCUUCAUGGCACCUUACGAGAAUACCAGCACAUUGGACUCGACUGGUUGGUCACCAUGUAUGAGAAAAAGCUAAAUGGCAUUUUGGCUGAUGAGAUGGGUCUGGGAAAGACCAUCCAGACCAUUGCUCUGCUCGCUCACCUCGCCUGUGAAAAAGGUAACUGGGGUCCUCACCUCAUCAUCGUCCCCACCAGUGUGAUGUUGAACUGGGAGAUGGAGCUGAAACGCUGGUGUCCUGGCUUUAAAAUCCUCACUUACUUCGGCAGCCAAAAAGAGAGAAAGCUAAAGAGACAGGGCUGGACAAAGCCUAAUGCUUUCCACGUGUGCAUCACUUCGUACAAGCUGGUGCUGCAGGAUCACCAGGCGUUUCGACGCAAGUCUUGGCGGUACCUGAUCCUUGACGAGGCUCAAAACAUCAAGAACUUCAAGUCCCAGCGCUGGCAGAGCCUGCUGAACUUCAACAGCCACCGGCGACUGCUGCUGACCGGAACUCCUCUACAGAACAGCCUGAUGGAGCUGUGGUCUCUGAUGCACUUCCUCAUGCCUCACGUCUUCCAGUCCCACCGCGAGUUCAAGGAGUGGUUCUCCAACCCACUGACAGGAAUGAUCGAGGGCAGUCAGGAGUACAACGAGGGCCUGGUCAAAAGGCUCCACAAGGUGCUGAGGCCCUUCCUGCUCAGGAGAAUCAAGGCUGAUGUUGAGAAGCAAAUGCCCAAGAAAUAUGAACACGUGGUGCGGUGUCGCCUCUCCAAGAGACAACGGUUCCUUUACGACGACUUCAUGGCACAGGCCUCGACCCGGGAAACGCUGGCCAGCGGUCACUUCAUGUCUGUGAUUAAUAUCCUCAUGCAACUCCGCAAAGUGUGCAACCACCCCAACCUGUUUGACCCUCGACCCAUCCAGUCUCCCUUCAUCACGCAGCCCAUUGUUUUCCGCACAGCCUCCCUGGUGCAGGACGCCCUGGAGGUCUCUCCUUUGAAGCGCUGCGACCUGUUGCCCUUUGACCUUGUUGGCUUGGAGAGCCGUGUGUCCCGCUACCAGGCAGAUGUCUUCCUGCCACGCUACAAGGUUAGCCGCCAGCUAAUCCAGGAGAUCGUCGAGUCCCCCGAACCUCCUCCGAGACCCAAACCAGUACGCAUGAAGGUCAACAGGAUGUUCCAGCCGCCUCCUAAAGGUGAUAACAGACCUGUUUUGCUGAUGAACAAACCUACCUGUUCCGUGCCUCCUGCAGCUCAGACUCCCAAACCUCCUCCAGUAACUGAAGUCUCCUCAACUCCUGCACCUGCUCCUGUAGUUCAACAAGUGGUGUGUUCAGUGGCAUCCACCACUCCUCCCCGCCCGUCCAUGCAUCCUGCAGCUCAAACUGCAGUGAGAUCCAACGUGCCCAAGCCAGUGCUGACCGUUCGGCCUCCCACUGCUCCCUGCACAGCCAGCAUUCCUGCUCAUCCUAGUCCAAACCCCAGCAGUGUCCUGCCCCAGAGGGUUCUGCUCAGUCCAGAUAUGCAGGCCAGGUUACCUUCUGGUGAGGUGGUAAGCAUAGCCCAGCUUGCCUCCUUGGCAGGGCGACCUGUAUCAUCGUGUCAGGGCAGUAAACCUGUCACCUUCCAACUUCAGGGCAACAAGCUGACUCUGUCUGGAGCCCAGAUCCACCAAGUCCCAGCAGCUCCUCCACGUCCAGUUCAAGGUAAUGUGAUGCACCUGGUGUCCAGCGGGGUGCAGCACCACCUCAUCAGCCAGCCUGCUCAGGUGGCCGUCCAGAGCACAGCCAACACACACCCUGUAAACACCUCCUCUACCACUCCCCCUGCGAACCGUCUGCCUCAUACUGCCUCCUCGCAAGUGCCCUCCUCCAUGGUGAGCAGCCCUGGCGUCGUGAAGAUCGUUGUGCGUCAGUCAGCAGGCAAGGAGGGCGGGCCUGUGCCUACCCUGGCAGUGGCCCCUUCCCCUCGUGUUGCUCCUCAGGCAUCCCCUUCCCUGCACGCCCACGCCAACACAACCCCUGUCAGAAACACUGCUCCACUGCAAAUAGCUCAGCGCACCCCCGGUCCUGCUACAGCCCACUACACUAUAGCUCCUCCCAGAAACCCUAGCUCUACCCCGAACCAGCCCCAACCCCCUCGCCCUGUCCUCAAAGUAUUGCAGCCUCCUCCGUCAAGCACAGAGCAGCCAGCUCCAGCUCCGGUGGCCCCCACGUCAUCUGCAUCCAAGUCUUCAACAACCCCACGUGACAACAGCAUCAGCAGCAGUCAAACACCGGUGACCAUGAAGUCAAGGCCCAGUGCAGGGACAAAAGCCUAUCCUCCACCCAGGAAAGUGCCUCGCCCACCUCCUCGUUCUCCUUUCCACAUGUCAUGGCUGGCAGAGAGCCAUAAACAGCAGCACAACAGUCGACUGGACUUCAUCAUUCGAGUUAAUGAUCACCACUGUGGAGCAAAGCCUGUGUACGGCCAGGAGGUUUUGGACUUUCUGACUUUUCUCCCCGGUCCCCGUCCCUCCCCAGCUGCCCUGAGUUCUCAGGGGGAGUGGGGCCGAUCGGGUCACAGCAGCUGUCUGUUCACGCAGUGGCAAAACAAAUACGACUACUGGCAUCAGAGUCACGGCGUGAGAGAGGCCAUCCACAGCAUCGAGGAGAGGCUAGAGCUGCUCAGUGACAUCAUAGACAGAUUUACAUUCGUGAUUCCCCCUGUAGAGGCUCCUCUGAUCUCCAUGCACUGCUGCCAUCCCCCUCCCUCUCUGAGCCACAAGCAGACUGUCUUCUCCUCCAUGCUUUCAGCUCAAGUUGCUCCUCUCACUCGUAGUCUCCAUCGUAUCCAGUGCAACAUGAGGACGCAGUUCCCAGACCUGAGGCUCAUACAGUAUGAUUGUGGUAAGCUCCAGACUCUCCACACUUUGCUGCGAAAGCUGAAGACUGGAGGCCACAGGGUGCUGAUCUUCACUCAGAUGACACGUAUGUUAGAUGUGCUGGAGCAGUUCCUCAACUACCACGGACACAUCUACCUCCGCCUGGAUGGCAGCACUCGCGUGGAGCAGAGACAGGCCCUCAUGGAGCGCUUCAACGCAGACCGUCGCAUCUUCUGCUUCAUUUUGUCGACUCGCAGCGGAGGUGUAGGUGUGAACCUGACCGGGGCUGACACUGUGGUUUUCUACGACAGUGACUGGAACCCCACCAUGGACGCCCAGGCUCAAGACCGUUGCCAUCGUAUCGGACAGACCAGAGACGUCCACAUCUACAGGCUGAUUAGUGAGCGCACUGUGGAGGAGAACAUUUUAAAGAAAGCCAACCAGAAGAGGAUGCUGGGAGAUAUGGCUAUUGAGGGAGGCAACUUCACCACUGCCUUCUUCAAACAGCAAACCAUCCGAGAGCUGUUUGAUGUGAACGACGGAGAGAAACGAGAGGUGGCGGUGGAGCUGUCUGUACCCCAAGCUGAGGAGGAGGAGGCCGUCAACAAACAAAGCACCACCAUUCUGGAGCAGGCCCUGUGUCGCGCUGAGGAUGAGGAGGACAUCGUAGCAGCCUCUCAGGCCAAAGCUGAGCAGGUGGCAGAACUGGCGGAGUUCAAUGAGAACAUACCACUGGAUGAUGGAGGGGAACAGGAGGAAGUGGAGGAGCUCUCAAAGGCCGAGCAGGAAAUAGCUGCUCUGGUGGAGCAGCUCACUCCUAUUGAACGCUACGCCAUGAACUUUCUGGAAGCCUCAUUAGAAGAUGUUUGCAAAGAAGAGUUGAAACAAGCUGAGGAGCAAGUGGAAGCUGCCAGGAAGGGUCUGGACCAGGCCAAGGAAGAGGGCCUCAAGCUUCACGCUUCAUCUGAUGACGACGACGAUGACUUUCUGUCACCACCAGCUUCUGUGGAGCCCACUCAGCCUACUCCAGCCCGCCGUGGCCGUAAACCCAAGGACAAGGACAAGAUUGCGACCUCUACGAGGACCAGUGGUCGGCUUCGUGGGGCCUCACCCGAAACUGAACCCGAGCCUACGACCCCAAGAGAAGUGCCUGAAAGACUCCGCCUGGGUCUGAGAGGACGAGGAGCUGCCAAAGACACAGGUGCUGUGUCUAGUACCCCGUCCCGCACAGAGCAUCUUAAAACCUCCUCAUCAACAAGGCUCCAAGACUCCACCAAAUCUUCAAAAGCUUCAUCACCUGCCAGAGAUCACCAGACCACCAAAACCAGGACUCUACCAAACCGCUCCCAUUCCAGUCCAGUGCCUUCCCCUACUACAACCUCUCCCCCUGGAGGGAAACAACAGUGUGUUGUGGAGACUGACGGCAAGAGCUCUAAAGCAGGCAGAGAGGAGAGGGAGGGGGAGAAUGAGAGGAGGGCGUCUGAGUCAUCGCUUGAAUCCAGCUGCCCGGUGGACCAACAGACAAAAGAUGAUGACAGCAAAGACCACAGUGCCAUGUCUCCUCCUUCCACCAGCUCCAGAUCGCCUCGCAAGCGUCAGUCAGCAGAUGGUGAAGUCCUGCGGGGCCUGGUUGAGGACUCCCCGUCAGCCAAAGUCCUGCGGAAGCUCCCAGGGAGGCUUGUCACAGUGGUGGAGGAGAAGGAACCAAGAAGGAGGAGGCGCCGUGGAAGCGGCACUGGAGGUGGAGGUUCUUCAGAAGAGGCAACAGUGGAGGACACCACUGCUGGGUUUGUUGAUGAACCAAACAAAGACAAUACACCACCGAGCCCUGACAGCAAAACUAAAGGAACUGUUACCAAAUCCCCUCAGGACCAGGACUCUACCCCGAGUCUGCCUGUGCACCCACAGCCUGUCAGAGGUUAUCCUCCAUAUUCCCCACCACAUCUUUCUCCUGACAUGCCUGUGCUGAGAAACCUUCCCGUACGGCGCAGGUUGGAAACUGAAUCUCGCAUGGCUGCUCAGCUGGGAGAGCAACAGCAGCACCUGGGGCGAGGACGGGGAGGAAACCAGGCCAGGAAAACGGACACACCACCAGGCAAAGACGCCACUUCAGCCUCUACAGAGUCCAGUGUGAAUUCUCUUGUGACACCUAUUAAAAGAAAGAGGGGCCGGCCCCCUAAAACUCCCCCCACUGACAACACAGUGGCUGCCACUUCCCCACAGCCCAUCUCACCAACUGAGGAGGGAAACCCACCCCUCUCCCCAAAACGUAAAAGGGGUCGCCCCCGCAAAGACUCCACAACCACACCAGACACUGUUAGUGAGGGACAGAACUCUAAAAAAGAGACCACCACUUCUGAUGUAUCUGGUUUAUCAAAAAUUGAUGCCAGCACAGAGCCAAUAGCACCAACAGAGCCACCUCCCCACAAGUCAGAGACCCCCAUAGCUGCUGUUGUCAGUCAGGCCUCCCAGUCUACCCCAGCUGAGGAAACAGACACUAAGACAGAGGUUUCAGCCCCUUCUCCAAAGCCAGUGCAGGAUACCACAACAAAAACAAAUCAAGCCUCCACACCUGUCUCCGCUUCAGUGCAAGCACCACCUGCACCUGCACCCCAGGUGACCUCACCCCUCCCUGUGGCUACCUCCACAUCAGCCUCAACCCAAGUCAUUAGUUCACCUCUGGCUACAGUUCCGAGUUCAGACCCGACGUCAACGUGUGUUUCCUCUGCAUCGUCUGUCAGUCUCUCUUCGUCUGCUACUGUAACUGGUACCCCCACCACCACGACUCCACCACCACCACCACCUGCUAGCACUGUCUCAUCAUCUCUUUCAGGUGUAAAACCAACACCUCUAGCUUCUACAGCGCCCGUAGAGCCAAAACCUUCAGCUUCUACAACUGUGGAAACAACAGGACCAGACACUGCCAAAACCACCACGGUUGCUACACCAAUUGUUAGCACACCACCCACUGCACCGCCCACCGUGGCUGUCAGAGCAGUCCCAACAUCAGUUCCUGCCACAGCGAUCACAACAGCUACAACCAUAGUAUCAAGUGUAACAUCAGAAGUCACCACAACAGUGAAACCAGUCACAGCAACUAAAACUACUGCUGCAAAGGACUCACCGCAACCCUCUGCACUGCCGCCUACAUCUACUCCAGCUGCUGUAGCCUCCACCCCAGCUGCCAGUUUAUCAAGCCCAGCUACAGCUUCACCUAUACCAACUUCAACAUCUUCUCCUGCUACAGCAACAACUACGACUACAGCUACAACAAAAAUAGUCAAAACUUGUCCAUCAAACUCGGCAACAACUAUGUCAGCAACUCCAGUAAAAACGGUGCAAACGAGUCCAUUAAACCCAAGUUCCACUGCAGUCCCAACUACAAGCCCAGCCACGUCUGGCAAUGCUUCUAUAACACCACCGGUAACAACAGUCGCAACAUCUGCUGCAAAUACAGCUCCAUCUUCUCCAGAUCAAACAAGGACUAAUGUGACAACCACCAAAGUCCCUACCAAACCUGUGCAAGGGGCUACACAGGCAAAAGUAACCACAGUGGCCGUCAAGUCCCCGUCAACAUCUCCUGCACCUAGUCCAACCUGCACUCCUUCCCCAACUGUAAUAUCUGCCAGUGUUACGACAACUGCAGAAGCAAAGGUGGUUGCAGGAACCUCAUCACCCCCAACAGAAAGAAUGAAACUAAAACCUGCAGCAGAAACUUCCUCCAAAGAUCCCUCCUCUGCUUCAGCUUCCCCUGUUACAACCGCAGAAAAGACCGUCAAGAUCCCACCACCAGUAACAACUUCCACAGAUGCUGCACCAGUUCCACAAACAGUCACCACAACGACAUCAUCCACAGAAAAGUCAGUUACAGUUGCUACCACAAUCACUGCUGCUCAAGUGUCCACUACCACAGUCGCUCCCGUGCCAGUAGCAGCUCCCACAGCUGCUUCAACCAAAACAGCUCCUCCUGUGUCCACCCCUCCCCAAACAUCUGCAGUCAUUUCCCCCCAAGUACAAAACUCUGCAUCCACGGGUGUUUCCCCGGGGAUGUCCACAACAGCCCAGACAGAGGCCCUGCCCCAGAAACCCACAUCUUCGUCUAGUGUUUUGUCUGAGAAGCAAUCUGUAGAGUCAAAACAGAAAGUGUCUGCAUCUAAAGAUGACUCAGACACAGUGACAGAAAUGGAGGUAAAUGCUGUGGAGGCUGAAGGGAGGACCAGCAAGGAGGAGGAUGACAAAAAGCAGGAGAUCUCUAAGUCUCAACCUAAGAGGAGAAAGGUGGAGAGUUCCUCCGAGAACAAAGAUGCAGAGUCUGGAAGGGAGGGAGCUGGUGGAGAAACAAAGGCUACACCCACCCCUCAGGAAGAAGAACCCAAACAACAGGCGGUGGAGGAAACUGAUCAGAAAACUCCCAAACAGAAAAGGUCCAUUAGUCGCCAGAGUAGCCAGGAGUCCACUCGCUCUUCCUCACCAUCAUCUGGAGGCUCUUCAUCAACCCUCACUCGUCACGCUCACCACAAGAGGACGUAUGAAAACAGACAUCCUGCCAAGAGGAGGCGAAUAGACGUCACCUCAGAAGCAGGAAAUGAGGAGACCAAGGAAGAGGGUGGGGAAAAGAAAAAGGAAGGCAGUGAGGAGGAGCGCACCACUGCUGCCUCACGGAGGAGGCGUUCCAGGUCUCCCUCUUCCUCCUCUGACUCCGACAACGACGAGAGCAGGAAGGAGCACCGGCUGACUCGCUCAGCCAAGCGCAGGCUACAAGAUCAGGAGAAGGAAAAGGGCAACAGCCGGCCUGGAAAGAAACCUGCACGCAGCUCUGACAGAAAUGCAUCAAACAAUGCCAACACAUCCACAGGGGGAGAGUCUGGCAGCGAUACAUCCUCUGUCAGGAUCACCAGAAAGUCUGUGGGAUCUCAGCCCUCACAAGACAGCAAAGCUCAGACAAACAGCGCCCCCUCUUUGCCUCCAGAGCCUGAAGUUCUGGGGAAGAGAUGCUCUGCACUCAACGCAGCCGCUAAGCUUCUAGCGAUGAAAGGCAGAGUGGACACCCCCGGCCACACCACUCGGAAAGACACAGCAGCUAAGACCAGUGGGACUUCCCCUGCUUCCUCCUCUGACAAGAACCAAAAGACUAAAAACAAAAGUGUACCAGCCUCUCCUCAGAGUAACUCUGUAACUCUUACUAAUAAUAAAAGCAGUGGCGGCAGCAAACCCACAACGCCUAAUCAGUCAAGCCGGUCUGCUUCCCGCUCCACCAGACAGUGUCCCGGUUCCCUGGUUCCCCCCCUGGAAAUGGAGUACAAGAGGUCUAAACCAGAGGAAAAGGAGACAGGAAGUAGGAAGUCUUCAAGGGGGAAGGAAGGAGAGUCUUCGUCCAGGGGCCACAGCGCCUGCAGCAGCAUGAGCAGUGACGGCGAAGGCGACGGUGGCGGACGCAGCAGCAGAAGUCGCAGCAGCAGCAACAGCAGCCAACGCACCCACAGCAUCAGCUCUCAAAACACCGAGCGCAGAGAGUCCCGUGGCGCUUCCUCCGGCAGCGAACGCGAGAGGGACCGCAGCUCGGACCGGGGGAAGAACAGGGACAAAAAAGAGAAGCAGGGCCAACGACGGGAGAGCCGCAGGAGGUCUCAAAAGCCCUCGCAGGAGGUGACCAGCGGUUCAGGAACCGAGGGGACGCCAGACAGGGUGCUACGUAGCGUCGCAGCACUCGCAGCGGUGCAGGCCCGGUCACCGGCCGCAAGCACCCGCUCCUCUGCUGGUCAACAUCGACACAACAAGACAUGAUCAGAGUGCCAAAGGGAAAAAAAAUGGAAGCAAGGGUGUUGUUGCAGAGCACGAUAUGAGAGCAUGUCAUGACCUCCAGGGUUGCUGCUUUGUCUGCACUCUUAAUGAAUGCAAGGGAUCUGAGUGCUGCACAAGCCAGGGACCUCCCUGCCUCUUGGGCCCUCUCCCUUUCCAAUUGGAGCUGGUCCCCUCACCAGCUCAGCUAUUGUCAGCUGGGGGGAAGGCUCAGGGACACUGGACUGGGAGUAAAAAUGUGGCGCCAUCAUUGUGCGUCCGUAAACUAGACAAGCAAGAUGGUACAGUGGAUAAACUCACCACUGGGACUAGAGGGGGGGAUAAAGGUGCAGGAGGUGAUAAAGGCAAGUUGUUAGUUCACAUUAUGUACUGUAAUCAUUAAAGACUGGAACACUCAGAUCUUAUGUGUUAAGAUGGGAUUAUACAGCACCCUCUAUUAGGGUUAUAAAUGAAAAGUCAUUUGUGUGACAUUAAAAACUUUUGAGUGACCAGUUGUAUUGUAAGUUGGAGGUUUUAGAAAGUUUGGUUUUGAGAAUUUCGUCAGCUGUCCUGACUAUAUUGUUUCUUUGUAGUCAGUUGAUAAGUUAUGCAUAUUUUAUUAUUUCUUCCAGGGUAUUAGGAAGAGAACAGAUCUGUCAAUGUGAUCUUUGCUGCACUAUGCUGGAGCUUGUCUUUGCUUGGGCCCCUGUUUUUUUUCCACGUUUUUUUCAACAUUUCUGUUCAUUUGGAUUCAUUUUUAAAUCCAGCCUUGCAUUUUCUCGUUUGCACAUCUGAUAAUAACGUGGCCCUCAGCUUCUGAGUACAUUGUGGUCUAGUAAUUUGUUUUUACAUCAACCUCAGUGAAUUCAUUGGUUCCCGGUACUUCACAAUGUAUCUCUACCCUUAGAAAACACAUUAAUUGAAGUCGCAAAUUGUCUCAGACAGAAUCCGAAUCCUCCCACAGGCGGUUCUUGUUGAAGUCCACUUUGUCAUGUAUUUAUACUGAAAGGACGAGUAAAUGUUAUUGAAAUUAAAGAGUGCCUCAGAUUGCCUUGUGAAGCACCUGAAGCAGGGGUGUUGAGCUUCUCUCCUUAUGUAAAAAAAAACAACAAAAAAAACAACAAACAAAUAAAAAAGCCAAACAAAACAACAAAAAAAAUCAACUCCUGCAAAACAUCAAGAAAAGCACCCUGUGCAUCAGUGCUACCAAAUUAAUGUUUUAUUUUUCACCUGAAUUUUUUUUUUGUCACGUCACUUCAUUGCUCUUCGUUCAUGUAUAAAAAGAAAAAAAAAUACUUGGACAAAAUAUGUGAAUAAAAUUACUGGUACAGUUCCAGAUGACUGUAAAUUGUCGAUUUACUUUUUGGACUCGUUGAAGCGAUAUAUUUGGAGGGGGGUUGGUUGGGGUGGGGGUGGGGGUAGUUUAUGGUGAUGGUCUUAUUUUUUUGAUUUGUCUCUCUCUUCAUUUGUUGCAUUCCUUUGAUCCCUUGUAAUUCCACAUUAUUUUACUUGAAAAAUUAAGACAAUUACAGUUGAAUAAAAAGACCAAAAAUUUGUUGCCA